GAAAUGGCGAUGACAACGAGAGUGGGAAGGAGGCAACAGCAGCAGAGGAGGUCUGGAUUGGGCAACAUCAGGUUCUCUUCAAAGAGGCUCUUCCGUACCAUUCUCAUCAGCCUCGCCUUCCUCGCUCUCGUCCCUCCCCUUUUCUUCAUCUUCAAGCUCAAGACCUUUCGUCUCACUCAGUUGCAGAAAUGUGGUUGGCUAAAUAGUCCUCCUCUUGUAUGUGCACAUGGCGGUGACUCAAGUUCGGCCUUUCCAAACACGAUGGCUGCUUAUCACUCUGCUCUUAAUUCUCAAGUAGACUGCAUUGAGAUUGAUGUUUCUCGUUCUUCAGAUGGAGUACUGCUUGCGCUCCAUGACAGGGAUUUGCAGCGCAUAUCUGGAAACAAUACUUCUAAGGUUGGACACUUCAGUAUGAAAGAGAUAAAACGUCUCGGUUCUAGUUAUCAAUCUGCAAAGUUCCACGAUGCAAAUAUUCCUACAAUUGAAGAGGCUCUGAAGUUGGUAGCAAGUUCAGUCAGGGAGGUGGUGUUAGAUGUAAAAGUCGGGCCUCCAUCGUUUGAAAAAGGUCUUGCAAAGGAUGUAUUUGAUGUUGUUGAGAGGAUCCAGUGUAGGAAUUGCGUUGUAUGGGCCAAAAGUGAUAAUAUAGCAAGGGAUGUGAUCAGACUAUCCUCAGAUAUCAUGGUGGGGUACAUUGUGAUGAUCGAUCAUUCAACCGGGGUGAGGACCAACUUACUGAGGAUGAGAGAUGCUCGUGUUGUUGGUGUGUACCAUCCCUUGAUUGAUGAAAAGCUCGUGAGAAUUCUGCAUGGGAGAAAGAAGAAGGUAUAUGCGUGGACUGUUGACGAUGCGAAGUCCAUGGAAAAUAUGUUGUGGGAGCGCGUCGAUGCCAUUGUGACAAGCAACCCGAGUAUGCUUCAAGGUCUAAUGCAAGAUACCAGAAGAGAGUGUCUUGAGCAUGGGUUCUCAUUAUCAGAAUAAUUGACAUUACUCUUGAUAUUCUUUGAAACUGUGAAAGGAUACCCGGUGUACAAAAGAAGACGGUGUUUGAACUGA